CUCAUCAAAUUUUAGUUUUGUAUAUAUCUAACAUACAGAUAGAUUUGGUGUUUAAUUAUGUUUGGACAACACAUUUGCAACAUCUUGGAAUACCGCCCGUACUUGCAAUUCCGUUUAUGCAGAAAAUACCACAUCGAAAAUUUGGGUUUAAUGACUAAUUUUUACAAGCAAACUUUAGGAGAAAAUUCCCACGCCUCCAUUUUGGAUAUUUUAAAGUAUUUGAAGGUAGCAAUCUAUUUAUAUUCCUUGUUUGCGUCUAUGUUGUCAUUAAUAGUUUACAUGAGAAGAUUCGAAGACUUACUCACACAUCGAUACAGGAGUGUCUAUACUUGGGGUCAGUAUAGGAAGGCUUUUAGUGUUUCUGUUCUUUAUAUGCUGGUUUUUUACAGAACCGUAGAAUUUGAUAAUUGGUUCAUUGAUCUAAUCGGAAUAGCAGUUAUGGCAUUUGAAAUUUUUUUUCUCUUUAUUAAAAAACUAAGUGGGCAGUCUGUUAGAAAGGACACGUGGAAAGUUUGCAAAAAUAUAUUUAUUAACAUUCUUAUGGAACUUGUAUAUAAGGCAUUUUUUAAUUUUUUCGAGUCUACCUAAACACAUAUUCAACUGGACCUCACUGAAACGUGCCUUUAAAUA